CCCCUCCCUACACAAUCUUUGGUUGGUUUGGAAAGAGAGAGGGAGAGAGAAAAGCCAGAGCAGGGAAGGAUGCUGUGUGGGAAAUGAAUACGGCAACAGGAGAAGAUGCAAACUUGUGUCACAAGGCAAUACACAUCAUCAAAGAUCUUUGCAAGAAGCAAGUGGCUGACUUGGAACAGAGAACUUGCACAGAGUUUCUUUUACUAUUACCCUCAGACCAAAAGCUACAUAUAACUGAGCCAGACCUGUCCGUCAGCCUCCUUGCAGUAAUAGUUAUUGUGUGUGGGCUGGCCCUGGUGGCAGUUUUUCUCUUUCUCUUUUGGAAGCUGUGGUGGGUGCCCUGGAGGAACAAGGCUGUGUCAUCUAAUCCGGCUGCACCUCAGAACGUUGCCACCUACAGUGGAAUAACCAGUGAGAAAGAAGUCAUGGCUGACAAGUUUAAGGAUGCAAGCAACUUUGGAUUCCUGGAAGCAGCGGUCAAAAUCAGCCACACCUCCCCAGAUAUCCCAGCAGAGGUCCAGAUGUCAAUGAAAGAGCACAUGAUACGUCGCACCAGAAUACAGAGACAGACCACUGAGCCCGCUUCUUCUACCAGGCAUAUUUCUUUCAAAAGGCAUUUGAAUCGUCAGAUGCAUGUGUCUAGUGUGGACUUUGGAACAGAUACUUUGGAAGUGACCGAGCAACCAACUAGUAUUGGAAGGAUAAAACCUGAGUUGUACAAACAAAAAUCGGUGGAUUCCGAAGACACAAAGAAGGAUGACGCUAAAACAUGUGGAAAGAUCAACUUUACACUAAAAUAUGACUAUGAAAUCGAAACCCUUAUAGUCAAAAUUCUCAAAGCAUUUGACCUUCCUGCCAAGGACUUUUGUGGAAGUUCUGAUCCUUAUGUGAAGAUUUACCUUUUACCCGAUAGGAAGAGGAAGUUUCAAACUCGUGUACACAGAAAGACUCUAAACCCGACUUUUGAUGAAUCUUUUCAUUUCCCGGUCCCAUAUGAUGAGUUACCAAGUCGAAAACUUCACCUCAGUGUGUUUGACUUUGAUAGGUUUUCAAGGCAUGACAUGAUAGGAGAGGUUAUUUUGGAGAACUUGUUUGAGUCCUCAGAUUUGUCAAGAGAAUGUUCGAUCUGGAAGGAUAUACAGUACGCCACUACGGAAAGUGUGGACCUUGGAGAAAUCAUGUUUUCCUUAUGUUACCUACCUACAGCAGGACGACUGACCUUAACAGUAAUAAAGUGUAGAAAUCUAAAAGCAAUGGACAUCACUGGUUAUUCAGAUCCGUACGUGAAAGUGUCCCUGCUUUGUGAUGGACGUAGGCUGAAAAAGAAGAAAACAACUAUAAAGAAGAAUACCUUAAACCCUACAUAUAACGAGGCCAUUAUCUUCGACAUCCCACCAGAGAGCAUGGACCAAGUCAGCCUGCUUAUUUCAGUUAUGGAUUAUGACAGGGUUGGACAUAAUGAAAUUAUUGGGGUGUGUCGAGUUGGUAAUAACACAGAAGGCCUUGGACGAGAUCAUUGGAACGAAAUGUUGGCAUAUCCCCGAAAGCCUAUAACACACUGGCAUCCAUUGGUAGAAAUGAAGAAGUCAUUUAAAGAGCAGCCAGGAUAUACAAGAAAUACAGCCAUAGUUUGGCAAGGUCGAACUGCUAGUUUGGACAGUCAAGGUUCAUGCCCUUCACCAAAACCUCCACCUACUCCGUGAAAAGAAAACCAAGCUCAAUGGCUGAAUAUUUGCACCAACUUCCGUACUUGUUUGAGAAUCCUGCAGAAGAUCUCUUACCUCCUUUACAGCAAGUCAUACAACCAAUAGGUCAAAUGGUCCAUACAUGACCUUCAAGAAAAGAGCAGGAACAUGUACAUGUGAUUUGGUUUCGUCUUGGUCUGUAGUCUCCUGAAAUGUUAUAUAUUGAUGUUUUCAUGGUAAAAAAUGGACAAUCAAACGGAGAGAGAUUUAAGAGCGGACUAAAGCAGACUCAUGUCAGUGUGAAUAUUUGUUGUUAUGUGAGCGAUGAAUGUAAAUUGAAGUGUUCUUCUUCACAGGAAACCUGGGAGAAAUACUGACAUGGCAUUAUUAUUACUCUUUACUAUCAGCCAGAGUUCCACUGGUACGAAGGACUGCGGAUUGAAUUACUACGAUUUAUAGUGUAUUCUGAAGAUCUUGUAUGUCCUUUAUAUGUGACAACAUAAUCAUCGACCUGUGUUGUCUUUGAUGAUUUUGUGUAAUAAGAGAAAUGCUUUUACAUCUGGAGCUUUAUGGAUGCUUGGGGUGACCCUUACAGGCUAUUUACAAUACAACAGUUCAUUAACUUUGAACUUUUUAUGGGGGUUGAUCUUUUUACACCCAGCUUACUGAAAUUUCAAGAGUGCAUUCGAAUGCAAUUCUCUUAAUGCAAAGGCGAUCCUUUACAUAUCACGGAUCCCUGCACUGCUCUCAGGAAAAAUCAAUACAGACAGCAAUGACAAAAAGGCAAUGUUCAGUGUUUACAUAACAUGCUGCAUGUCAUCUGUGGCCCUUUUGCUUGUGAAUGUUUUGUGGAUCAGCUUCUUUAUCUUAUUCUAUUGUUCACACUGAUCUAUGGUCUACCCACUUCUUGUGUGUACUGCAUUUAGAGUUGACACAGUCUUGACUAUAGCUUGGCAAUGCUCAUCCAAUUAUAGUGAACACAAAAGCUUAUCACUGCCUUUUGUUCAAGCUUAUUCCUAGUAAAGCAACAUACGAUUUCACUCUACAUAAACAACAUAAACACUUUCACGUUGAUAACAAUAAUGUAAGAUGUGUUUAACCUAUAGUUUGGCAUACUGAAAUGCCACAAAAAGGAACCUUUAUUAAAAGAUAUCUUUUAUUAUGUUAUUUGCUUACUGUGGUACAGAAAACUGUCAAAAUGUGUAGUACUAUGUAAGACCAGCAUCAAUAAAUACAACCAUACUAAGGUGCCUGAUCAGCAUUUAUAGCAGUUGGGAGUGAAUGAUGUUUAUAUCAUUGAGGCCAGUGGCACAGUAGAGAAGGUGAGGUUCCUAAUACCUGGAUUCCUCAAUCUACACCAAAGGAUAGGGGAUAAGAUGUCUGAUCGCGGGGGUCCUGCCGCUGGGGACCGCCGCAAUCUCUCCUGCAGCACCUGCUUGUUUUCAGCUGCACGGAGCAAAAAUCGCUCUGUGCUGAUGACUCAUGAUACAGGGGCCGGAGUAUCAUGACAUCACGGGCCACCCUUGUGAAGUCCUGCCUUGCUCCCUCAAUGCAAGCCUAUGGGAGGGGGCGUGAUGGCACAAGGGGGUGGGGCCAUGACAGCACGCCACCACGCCCCUCCCAUAAGCUUGCAGUGAGGGGGCGGGGCAUGAUAGCAGGAGGGAGCGGGGCCGUGACAUCCCGAUACUCCGGUCCCUAUAUCGUGAGUCAUCAGCAUGGAGCGAUCUUUGCUCUGUGCAACUGAUAACAAGCAGGUGCUGCAGGAGAGAUUACAAGGGUCCCCAGCGGCGGGACCCCCACGAUCAGACAUCUUAUCCAAUAUCCUUUGGAUGGGGGAUAAGAUGUCUAGAGGCGGAGUACUCCCAAGCAGGUGUUGCAGGAGAGAUUACAGGGGUUUUCCCAGGAGUGGGAUCCCUGCGAUCAGAUAUCUUAUCCCCUAUCCCUUAGUUAGGGAAUAAGAUGUCUAGGGGCGGAGUACCCCAAGCAGGUGUUGCAGAAGAGAUUAUGGGGAUCCCCAGGAGUGGGAUCCCUGAGAGCAGACAUCUUAUCCCUAUCCCUUGGUUAGGGAAUAAGAUGUCUAGGGGCGGAGUACCCCAAGCAGGUGUUGCAGGAGAGAUUAUGGGGGUCCCCAGGAGUGGGAUCCCUGAGAGCAGACAUCUUAUCCCCUAUCCCUUGGGCGGAGUACCCCUUUAAUAUUCUUUCUGCUAACCCUAGAUGAUAAGUUAUGGUGGAGUCCAAUUGGUGCUGUCUAAAUCGCUAUGCAGUCCAGUCUCUGUGGUCGUGGCUGUAAAAAGAUAGAGUAGUCUUUGAGAAAUUUGGAGCUCUGUAUAUUUUAAAUUUAGACUAAAUAAAAUGUUAUAACAGAUCCACCUAGUUGCCCUAGAUAACUACUUUUUAUAUCUUCUCUAUGCUAAACCAACAGAUAUGUUAUAUGAGGGGUUGGUUCAUUCAUAGCAUUUAUCCUGCAAUUGAUGAUGAAUGAAUGAUCUUUGGAAGCAAACCCAACCAAAAGGAUUUCAGUCUCUGUAAUGAGGAGGUAGUACACUUUCAUGAUGGCUACUCCCACCAUCAUUAAUGAAAAUAGUAGUGGCACCCCCAACAAUUGUGCAUCUAUCACGUAUCUUGUGAAUAAGGGAUAAAUACUGUUAGUAGGUAAACCCCUAAUGUUAACUAAUAAGCAACCUUAAAGGGGUACUCUGGUGGAAAACACAUUAUUUUUUUUUAAUCAACUGGUGCCAGAAAGUUAAACAGAUUUGUAUGUUACUUCUAUUAAAAAAUCUUAAUCCUUCCAGUACUUAUCAGCUGCUGUAUACUACAGAGGAAGUUGUAGAGUUCUUUUUUUUCCAAAGGUAUACUUUAAUACGUGGGUCUUAAAAGUGCAGCAGACUCCACUUUUGAAUUCUUGUAAUUUCGGGAAAUGAACCAAGCAUAAUCACUAUGUUUGGUUCUUUAAAGUGAAUGGGGCAGCUGCUAUUACACUGUGGUAUACACCACUAUAGCUUAUUGCCAGUAUCCAGACAUGUACCAGUGAUAUAGAACCAGUGCACUAUGUAAUCCCAGCCUCAGGGUCAUGAAAUGGGUAGUUCAGUCUCAGGCUAAUCCUUACCCCCUUUCCAAUGAUCUGAGUAAAGGUGUAACAAGUGCUAUGCAUUUGGCCCAGGACAGUGGAUCUGAGGUUAUAAACUAGCAUCAACAGAGGGGCUUAGAUUUUUCAUGUAAUACCCUUCUGACCAUAGCUGUUAUUUCUUCAAGGUAGUGUAAAGAUAUAUUUUUCUGUCAUGGAUUAUCCAAAGAUUGCUGAUCUGAUGUACCACAGACGGUGUAUGUGAGUGCCAUAGAGAAGGAAAAGUCACAGGGGAAAAAACUAUGUGGGAUUAUUAUUUGGCUUGUUUCUUUAGUCAUUUUUUGUAGAGGAGUGUGGGUUGCCCCUGUAACUUUCUUUUAAGAAUAGGACUGUGUGAUACUAAGGUUUGUUAAACCCCAUCUCAUCCUGGGUUAACUUCUUGGUGCCUACAAUAUAAAGGGAAUGGUAGCAAUGAUUUUUUAUUUUUUUUACUACGCAAUUUGGGUCAUUUCUCAAAUCACUGUUCCAAACAAUUCCAGUAACUAUCAUAUGGUAUAAACAAUUAUUUUCUUUAUUUCAUGCACAUGUAAAAUAAAUAAAAACAUAUACCAGAAAUAGAGAAUAUAUUUUAUGACUGCAGGUUACACUCAUAUCUCCUUUGAUAAUACUCCAGGAGCGCCUGAUUUCUGUAUUUUCCUUUGCGCCUUUGAGAAAUCUAAGGGGAUAGCUAUGUAGGUUCACAUAUACUAUGGCAAAGAGGAUUGGGUCAACCUAAGCUAAACUAACUUUCCAAAGGCUCAUGGCAACUACAGGAGUGAUAUUUAUGGUAAGUGCACCCUUUGUUUGUUGCUCUUACAUGUAUAAAUAAACACAUUCAAUAUUUUAUUUCAAAGAUAAAAGCAGGAACCUUAAAGAAAAUCUGUUUCACACACACAAAUACCAAUAUGCUGGGUUAUAGUGCAGUUGAAGAGCUCUAAAAUGAGGGGUCACUUACUUUUUUUUCGCGCAUCUGUGCCGAGUAAUGGAUGUUUAUGUUGUUAAUGAUAAUGCACUCCAGAGUGCAUUGGAGGUGGGGAGCCGGCUUGCUCAGCUCCCCUGCCUCCUCAAUAUUCCUCCCCUGGCUGGCCCCUGGCUUUAAAAUUCCAAAUUCACUAGGACACGAGAGAUGGCAUGGGGAAGCCGGAAGUCGGGUAUAGCAAGGUUUCUGAUGAGCCUUCACCCGGCUCCCGGCAUUUUUACUAGUAGGGCAAAUGGAUGUGUCUGUUUUUAGCCCAGAGCAUGUCUGCUCAGAACUCAGAACUUGCGACGGGCGGAAGGCUUAUCUGAAGCCUCACUACACCCGACUUUCGCGUGUAGCAAGGCAACGGUGGUUGCGCUCUGCUCUCAGAGCAGGCACUCACCUCCCCCCAAAUACUCUGAAUAUUCGAGCGGGGGCAACCAGGGGAGAAAUAUUGAGGAGGCAGGGGAGCUAGGUGAGCCAGCUCCCAGCCAUCAAUGUGCUCUGGAGUGCAUUAUCUUUAGCCACAUAUUCAGCACAGAUUCAGCAAUAAAAAAUGACCCCUCAUUUUACAGCUCUGCACCCACACUAUAACCCAGUAUAUUGGAUUUAGUGCAGGUAAACCAGCUGUCAUAUUCUUUUUAAAUUAAAUAGCCUAAUACUAAAGGUUGUAAGUUGCUUAGCUUUAUAUGUCAUGUUACCGAGGACAACUAAUAUCUCAUCCAGUACAAUGUGGAACAAGCUAAUGAACAUAUUUACAAUAUAACAACAUGCAUUUUAUUAGUAACCAACUAUCAAGGAGUUCAUCAGGUUCCUUAAGAUUGUUUAUUUAAAGAAUUGGUCCAAACAUUUCUGCAACUGAAAAUCAGUUCUGUUCAUCUGAAGUUAUUUUUGCGGAAGCUUCUUUCAUGAAAAGACAUUUUUUAUUGAUGUAAAGGUAAAUAAAAUGUUAGUAUCCUUUAUGGGCCUGUGUUGCUGCUUCAAAUCACAGAUAUGGUACAUUUGGAAGAGAUAUGGUCAUCUAAAAUAUGCCAGAACCUCAUCCUUCUUACAAGCAGUCUAGUUUAUCAUCACGUUGAAGGAGACAUUUCAGAUUCACAAACUUGAUAAAGUAGAACUUUGGUUAGUACCUACCUUUAAAUUUACAUGUGGAAGAUCUAAAUUUAAGGAGAAAAGUUCCCAUCAAUCAUUAUUUUGGACUCAACUCAGAUCGUGUUAACAUUAUGAUUUCAUAGCUUGUAUAACUAGGGCACUUGUUUUGCCUAUGAUUAAUAUUGUUCCCUAAAAUAUCAACCUAUAUAAACAACAAGCUACCUUACAAAGAAGGACUAUAAAAACAAUCACAACCUACAUGUGAACAAGUUCAGUUGAUAUGGCAUUAAAAAGGCACUAAAUCAUCAGCCCAGUAAAUUAAAGUGGUAUU